GUCCACCUCAAGUCGAGAGAGGUCGUGAAGAGCGACUGAUUUCUUCAUACAUGUCCUCGUCGAUUGUUUCGCCACCCUCGCUACUUUCAUGUCCAUUCAUUGGCGCUCCAUCAUCUGCGUUGACGAGGACAGUCUGUGGUUACUUGCACGAACUACUGCUUAAACCUCUUUCGGGGCUUUACUCUCGACUUCUGAACCUACCCCGAGAACGUACCAUCUAUCCUCUGCCCUUCGGUGUCAUCCUCAAAUCGCACGAACACUUGCGCGAAGAGGAAGGUCUCGCUAUGAAUGUCGCUCGCGCUAUGGGCGUCCCCGCCCCACGGUGCAUCUCAUAUGGCGAGUACGGGACCAGCCGCUCCAUCCUCAUGACGAAACUCCCCGGACGCGUUCUCGACCAGGUCGACGACGGCCACAUUGACUGGACGCUCAUCAAGACCGACCUGCAGCGUAUACUCAGCCGCAUGCGCGCCUACGGCAGCCCCUUCGGCCGGCGCGUGUGCGGCGUGGCAGGCGGUCCCAUCCGCGGGCCUAUGAUCCCCAACGGCGAGAUGCCCGCCUUCGACGACGAGCGCGCGUUCCAGAAGGCGCUGCGCCGCUGCUUCCGCGUUGGGAACGAGCAUGACGCGGGCACGGCGGUCAUGGCGCACCGCUUCUUCGCGCUGCCCGAGCAUGCGAUCGUGUUCUCGCACGGAGAUCUGAAGCGGCACAAUGUCAUGGUGGGCGAGGAUGGGCAUGUGUCGGGCAUCCUUGACUGGGAGGCGGCGGGGUGGCUGCCGGAAUAUUGGGAAGUCAGCGUGACGGCGGUCAUGCCUGAAGAUAAGUGGGGACGGCUCAUGGAGGAGGUUUCAGGAAACGUGUACGAGAACGAGGUGGAGGGGCAUCGCGCAGUAUUCCUGCUCGUCGAGGAUACUCUUCGGGAGUAG